CGAACCAGCAAUGUACAGGGCAAGAAAUCGGCGCGAGAAGGAUUUUGUGAGAACCUGAACGUGUUUGUCGAGAAGGUGUAAAGCUCAACUCUGCCAUCAUCUGCUACAAUGGCCUCUUCUGUUGAUAUUCAAGUGAAGGAGUUGGACAGGCGUGCCUCUGGCCAGGCGUUUGAGGUCCUUCUGGGAAGCCCUCCCCCGGAAACCAAAGGCGAUUUCCCCCUCUCUCCUCCUAGGAAAAAGGAUGUGUCUCUAGAGGAGAUCCAGAGGAAGCUGGACGCGGCUGAAGAAAGGCGUAAGUCCCAUGAAGCAGAGGUCCUGAAGCACUUGGCUGAGAAGCGUGAGCAUUGCAAGGAGGUGCAGCAGAAGGCCAUGGAGGAGAACAACAACUUCAGCAAGAUGGCAGAGGAGAAGCUCAACCAGAAAAUGGAGGCCAAUAAAGAGAACCGCACAGCAAUAAUGGCAGCGAUGAACGAGAAGUUCAAAGAGAAGGAUAAGAAGCUGGAAGAGGUUCGAAAGAACAAGGAAACCAAAGAUGCAACUGGUGAAGAGAACUGAACUGUACAAUCGCAGGAUUGUGGGGUUUUUCUUGUUGUUGUUGUUGUUGUUGUUUUAACAUUUCCAAAGAUGUUUUUUCCUCAAUUUCUAUGAUGGCCAGUAUUUGAGUUCACUGCCUACUGUACUGUUUUUGUUUGGUUUCUUUCUUUUAAGGAAUAGGAAAACUGAUGUUCAACUUUUCAAUGCCUGCACUGCAAAGGUUUUACACGCAACAUUCGGCCAUUGAGUCUGAGCUCUUUCUUCUGAACGUGUAGCUUCGUUUAAUGCAGCUCUUCAAUAUUAGUGGUCUUGCCUUUUGAAGGACACAUGUCCCUUCAUGAGUCCUUAAACUUUAUAUUAAAGCGUCUUGUGCUCGUAAGUCCCAUCAAUCUUCUAGCACUUAUGAAAAGUAGCUGCCUCCGUGCUUUAAAGGGGCUGUCAUGCGUUCUGUUACUGUUCGGUGUAGGUCGCAUGAUUCCACAAACCACUUGUCCUGUUUUUCCUAUCUUGUGUUGGCUGCCAUUUUUGCUUUCAUGCAGCUGGAAUGUGAGCAGAGGCCAGUGGGGUUUUUUUUUGUUGUUGUUUUUGUUUUUUAAAAAAAUCCUUUUUAUAAGCACAUGACUUUUGUUGCGGAGGUCCGCCAUCUUGGCUGGAACCGAAGGGCUCUACAUGUGGAAUGCAAAAAAUUAGCAAUACACCUUGGCAUCUAGAUAACUCCUGUACCAAGAAAAAUAAAUAAAAUAUGUCUGCUUGUAA